AUGCAACAAACAGCAGGACGCAGCUUACACAUGUAUGCAGUCAUUGACAAUAGAAACUCCACUAACUCACACAACAAAAGAUUGAGAUGCAAAAAGAAACCUACGCUUAAUUUCUCUUUUGCUUCUUCCUAUUUUCCUAUAGGUAUGGACUCAAAAGAACUCAAGGACUCGUCUCUGACGCCGUCCUCAAGACUAUCAGCUGGUAAAGCAUUAGCGCCGCCUAUACCGCCCAGAAGAACACCAGGCUCCUUUAUAGAAGAGGAUCCUUCUCCAUCUGCUCUUCCACCCAGACUUGUUGAGCAGCCUGCAACACCACCCGUUAACCCGACGCAUAGCAACAACAACAACAACAACAACAACAACAACAACAACAUGCAUGAACCCAUCUUAUCAGCAGCACCACCACCUACACCCACUCGGCCUUCCAAUGAGCUCACUCACCGUAAACAAAAAGCUGGCGAAAUUGCAGAUCUCGUUCCCGAUUUGCAUGGUCUUUCACCUGUAAAAGGACUAUCCACUGAACUCGAUACGCAUGACACAGCAAAGACUCGAGAAAUUUUUACUGCAGCUGCACAAAAGUCUAUACCUGCUACAACCACAUUAUCAGCCGGUAUGCCUGGUGGUUUUAUUCCCCCAACUCAAUCACGUAUCCCAGAAUGGUAUCGUACUGGGUGGACAUCGCUUGCACCAGGCGAGAAUCCUGGAGGUGAAUUGAACAUAUUGGCGUCUCGAUUCAAAAAGACAUUGGAUGAUCCUCUGGAUGAAAUGCUGCCCAACAUGUUGUAUGGUGAAUGGUAUCAUAAUGGUGCGGCAUUGUUCGUCACCGCCAUUGUGUCGUUUUUGCUAGCGAAAAUGAAUGCUGGAUUAGGAAGUAUAUUGUUAUUUUGCUUGUUCAUUGCAAGUUACUAUCGAACAAGUAUUAGAAGAUAUCGUCGUAACGCACGUGAUGACAUCCAGCGAGAAGUGUCCAAGUUCAAGAUGGAAGCAGAUGAAGAAUCCGUCGAGUGGAUGAACAGCUUUAUGCAAAAAUUUUGGCUUAUUUUUGAACCUGUUCUCAGUGCGCUCGUUGUGGAGAACCUCGACAACUACAUUUCGGAUUACCUGCCUCCGUUUUUAGAUUCCAUUCGUCUAUCCACAUUUACACUCGGUACAAAGCCAUUUCGCAUUGAAACUGUCAAAACAUAUUUGAACACCGAUCCUGAUACUGUUUGCAUGGAUUGGCGAGUCUCCUUCAUCCCUAACGAAUUGAACGAUCUGUCGCCCAAGGAAUUGGAGUACAAGGUCAACCCUAAGGUCGUGAUGAAUGUUCGUGUGGGCAGAGGUCGUGUUGGUGCUGGAUUCCCUGUUUUGAUCGAGGAUAUGGCCUUCUCCGGGCAUUUGCGCAUAAAGAUCAAAUUUAUGGUCCGUUUCCCAUUUGUCAAGCUACUUGAAGCCAGUUUCCUAGAGAAACCUCAAUUUGAUUAUGUUCUCAAGCCGCUCGGUUCUGACUCGUUUGGUUUUGAUGUCAAUGUGAUUCCCGGUUUAGCCAGCUUCAUCCGAGAUCAAGUACACAACAUUCUGGGUCCGUUGAUGUAUGCCCCCAACGUAUUUACUGUGGAUGUGGAUAGAUUCUGGGCUGGUGAUUUCGAUUUGAGCUCUGCCAAUGGUGUGUUGGCUGUCACCGUAUACUCUACUGACCGUAUCAAGAACAUCGAGGGACUUGUUGAUGGCGCACCCAACCCUUACAUUCGCUUCUACUUGGAUCAUGGCCAGGAAUUGGACCGCACCUCUGUCUGUGAGAAUACCUUUACGCCCAAGUGGAAUGAAACAAGAUACUUGAAAUUGAAUAACUUGAACUCUUUACUGUCUUUGGAACUCAAGACAUCCAGACCUGGCCUCAAAGACAGACGUCUGGGUACUGCCAAUUUCGAUUUAUCGCUGUUGGAUGGUGAAACACAAGCAGAGCAAGAGGGAUUGAAUUUGCUGCUUCUCCGUAACGGCAAGCAGGUCGGUGAUCUUCGUGUUGAUGUCCGUUAUCUUCCCAUUUCCAAGCCUUCUAAGCGUGAUGAUGGCACAAUUGAACCUGCUGUUGAAUCCAACUCUGGUGUACUCCGUUUGAUGGUUCAUGAAUGCCGUGAAUUGGUGUCCACUUCCGGCGCUAUCAGCCCGUAUGUCCGUAUCAUUGUCAAUGGCAUUGAAAAGUUCAAGACCUCUGUGAUGAAAAAGAAGACGGAUCCCAAGUUUGAAGAGCCCUACGAGAUUGUUGUAUUGGAUAAAACCACCUUCUUUAUCCGCGCUGAAGUCAGAGAUAGUGCUUCUGAAGACAAGCUUGUGGGUGCUUUUACCUCUUACUUAUCUGACAUGGUGCGUCAACAAGAAAAGAACGAUAGUUGGUGGGAUCUAGUCAACGAUACCGAGCAAGCUGGUCAAUUGCGUCUCAGUGCAGAAUGGAAGCCCAUGGUCAUGUCUGGCAUCUCUGACUUUGUCAGUAGACAUGGUUUUGAUAAGCCUCCCAUUGGUGUCGUUCGCUUCACCUUCUGGGAAGCGCGAGAUCUUCGCAAUGUUGAGAGUGUCACUGGUGGCAAGAGCGAUCCGUAUGUUCGUGUGCUGUCUGGACACCAGAUUCGUGGCCGCACUGAAGUGAUCGAUAACAAUCUGAACCCUGAGUGGGGGGAGACCUUGUAUGUACCUGUGCAUUCGUUGAAGGAAAACUUUGUGCUGGAAGCGAUGGACUGGAACGCAAAGAGCAGAGACAAGACAUUGGGAUCAACUGAAUUCAAGGUGUCUGAGAUCAUGAGACAGCAAAUUGGAGACCAAAGUGUUAAUCCUGAUGUUUGGUAUGAAUCCAAUGGUGUCAAGUUUGACAGAUGGCAGCGACUUCGCUCGUUUGACAAGCGUAGCUCCAAGGGAGACCUCCACUUUUCCGCCGAGUUUUAUCCUGUGAUGGGCCUGCCUUCCACUGCCACCGCUGUCGACACGAGUAACAAGAACAGCAACAUUUCAUCUGCCUCAGGUAUCUCUUCUAGUGUCAGUGCAGGCACUGCACCUGCAUCUCCUCCUCCUCUUCGUGGCCUGCACGGCUCUUACAUUCGCUACACGCCUGAUGACUUGGUUGAUUUGAACUCGUACAACUCGGGUGUUCUCAAAAUCAGAAUCCACCAAGUUCAGCUUUCUAGCGUUGCCUACUGCUACUGCCAAGUGAUUGUGGAUGCAUUGAUGCCUCAAUACAAAACUGCUAAACUCCGCGGCGACAACCUCAAUUUCGAUGAGUGUGCUGAUAUGUUUAUCAAGGAAGCUGACUUCUCCCGUGUUGCUAUUGAACUCAAGCCUGCACACUCUGAUGAAAAAGAUAUCCACAAGCUGGGCCAUUGGAUUGAUUCUGGCUCGAACAUUGUACGUCGCAUCAUGAGACGCAAGAGACUUGGACUAGAUGGCGCUGAUGAUGAAGGCACAUGGUUCAAUCUGAUGGGCACAGAUGGCCCUGCUCGCAUUCGUCUUAGUUUUGAGUAUGACCCUAUGGCCAACUUUGUGUUGAACCCUGAUGAAAGUUUGGAUAAUCAAGGCAUUUUGACUGUGGAUCUUGUGAGCGCAAAAGACCUUAUGGCUGCCGAUAAGACAGGUACCAGUGACCCUUAUGUUGUCUUUACCGUGAAUGGUGAGCGCGUAUACAAGAGUGACACUAUUCGAAAGACGUUGAAUCCAAAGUGGCAACGUGAACACUUCACAAUGCCUAUUCAAUCAAGAGUGACAGCCAGUAUUCGUAUUGAAGUGUUUGACUGGAACCAUGUGCAGGGACAUCAGCCCAUCGGUUCAGGCGGCAUUACACUGCGUGGCGAUGCUGUGGAAAGCUUUAAGGCUUGCAUGGUGGACAUCCCUCUCGAUGGUGUAGCAGGCGUAUCCGGCAGUGUUCAAGUCAGAUUCACAUGGCAUCCACAAUUGCUGGCCAACAAAAAGACGCAAACCUCAGUGCUCGGCACCACGCGUACCUACCUCCAUAACGAUGUCAAUCUGGAAGCUUCUGGACCUCUUCCUCGCAACUCUCUUAGCUCUCAAAGCAUGGCUCGUACAUCUACAGACAGUCGCUACAGCCAUAACACAGCAGAGUCCGUUGGACGAUCGUCUUACGAGGACACUGUAUCGCUUGCUCCAUCUACCAUUGCCGAUACCAGUGCCCUCAGUGAUGCAACAGGCAGAGCAGGUAUAGUUGCAGUUGAGAUUCUAGAAGCUCGUGGGUUGCGUGGUGUUGACAAGAGCGGCACUAGCGACCCAUUUGUGCGAGUCAAGGUCGGUAAAAACCAAGUCUACAAGACAAAGGUGAUUCCCAAGACAUUAGCACCUGAAUGGAACGAGUCAUUCACGCAUGGUGUUGGCGGAGAACCGUUUAUGUUUGAUUUCAAGGUGAAGGAUCACAACAAGAUCAAGUCGGCAGUCGAUCUUGGACAGAGCAGAGUGAAUAUCUGGGACCUAAUCAAGGUGGAUGUGCCUGGUGGAGAUGUGUUUAAUCAGUGGCUUCCAUUGUUUCCUCCUGGCAGUGGUGAGCUUCGUGUGAACAUCAAAUUCAGAGCAACCAUGUAA